AGCAUGCGGGGAAUGUUUUCAGGCGCGGAGCACUUCAAUCAGCCACUUGGACCUUGGAAGGUGGGCGCUGUGCGAGACAUGAGCUUUAUGUUUUCUGGUGCUAGUGCUUUUAACCAGGCCUUGAAUGAGUGGGACGUCAGCAAUGUUUUGACCAUGGAGAGCAUGUUUGGGAAAGCUAGCGCCUUCAACCAAGAAGUCAGCAAGUGGAACGUCGUCAGGGUGCGCACUAUGGCCGGCAUGUUUCGGGAAGCGGAUGCCUUCAAUCAGUCGCUUGCCGAAUGGGGGGAAAAAAUCGGGCUGGUCGAUCCUGGGCCCCAAUAUGCACAUCGCUGGGACGUGCGUGCCACUGGAAUGUUUUUUGAUGCCAGGUCGUUUAUCCUGUGCAAAAGUAUCGUACUUACUCGUAUUGCAGUCAUGCACUACAAAUCUUUUUCUUACGGUGAUUUCGCAUUACAAAUUUCAUUUCUCAUGCUAAGGAAAUCUGUAAUGCAUUUAUACGAGUGCGAUACUUUUGCAGCGCAUAUCGUUCAGCCAAAGUUUGGUGGCUUGGGAUGCGUGGAUGCUGAAACAGCACCGCCGGAACCCAAACGUCUUCUUCGGAAUGCUGCAGGGCGCUGUGAGUUUUGUCCCAGCGGAGCAAUUGACGGAAAAUCAGAGGAACAUUAUGCACAAAAGCUAUGGCUACGGGUACGGCAUCAACCAGGC